AUGCCCCUCUUUGGAGUGGUCCUGGUCUCUUACAUCCUCAUCCUGAUGGGGAACAGCUCCAUCAUCUUUCUUUGCAUAGUGGAGCCCAGACUCCAGACUCCCAUGUACUUCUUCCUGGACAAUCUCUCUGUGCUGGACCUUUGUGUCACCCGCACCAUUGUGCCCCAGCUGCUGGCCAACCUCUGGGGGGCAGAGAAGACCAUUGCUUCCUGGGGCCGCAUCACCCAGGCCUACCUCUUCCACUGGACAGGAUGCACUGAAUGUGCUGUACUGGAGGAGGCUUUUGAUCGCUACAUGGCUAUCUGCCGGCCCCUCCAGUACACUCUCAUCAUGAGGCCCCGGGUGUGUUUGCAACUGGCAACUGCUGCCUGGUCCAGUGGCCUGGCCAACUCAAUGCUCCAAACUACACUCAUUCUCCAGCUCCACCACUGUGGUCACCAUACACUCAACCACUUCUUCUGCGAAGUACCUGUCCUGAUCAAGCUGGCCUGUGGUGACACCACUGCUAAUGACCAGUCCCUGGCUGUGGGAGCCAUCCUUUUUGCACUGAAGGCUCCUCGGCUUGUGCUAGUCUCCUACACAUUCAUUGCCAAGGAUGUGUUGAAAUUACCUUCAGCUGACAGAAGGUACAAGGCCCUCAGCACCUGCAGCUCCCACUUGGAGGUUGUCAUCAUGUACUUUGGACCAGCCAUCUACAUGUACCUCCAGCCCCCUGCCAAUAGCACCCAGGCCAGAUUCAUGGCCUUCUUCUACUGUGUUAUCACCCCACUGCUCAACCCACUCAUCUACACCCUGAGAAACAAAGAUGUGAAGAGAGCGUGCAAGAGGAUCCUACAACCCCAGAGUGAGGUAAAAUCCUAA